AUGGGUGCAAGGUCCACCCUCAAUGCCUUGUGUCUCUAUCUCCUCGCUUUGAGCUUCACCGCUACUGCCCAGGUAGGCCUCAGGGAACAGGUCCUGAGCACUUUCAUCUAUACUAGAUAUGGCGAUAGAACCCCCUUUGUCCUGCCCAUUUCGCCCACUUUGACGCCUCUCGGUGCUCAACAACUUUUCGAGGCUGGCGACAGGGUUCGUCAGAGGUAUCUGGUGCCGGUCAACGGCGAGGCUGAGUCGACGGCGAUCCACGGCAUCGCAUCGUAUCAGUUGGAGUACGAUCAACUAAGCAUUGUGUCGACAGACGAUCAGUAUGUGUUUGCUUCCGCUCAAGCAUUCCUUCAAGGACUGUAUCCGCCAUUGCAGACCUCUUCCAACUAUACCUAUAUUGCUGGUCAAAGUACUAUCCAGAAUGGUACAAAUCUGGUGGCUCCUCUCAACGGCUAUCAGUAUCCGAAUAUCAAUUCUGUGUCCGGUAAUGAUCUCAACUCGAUUUGGGUCAGUGGAAUGAGCAAUUGCCCUGCUUAUGUCGCAUCAACAAAUGACUACUAUGGCACUGGGUCCUUUGAGAGCAUUCAGAACAGUACGAGGGAAUUCUAUCAAAGUCUGCAGCCGGACUUUUUGAAUGGAAUUUUCUCAGACGCAUCCGUUGGCUAUUAUGAUGCAUAUUACAUCUAUGACUAUCUCAACUAUGCGUCAAUCCACAACACAAGUGCGGCACAGCUUCUGUCCCCAGAAGUUCUUACCAAAGCGAAGAUCCUGUCUGACGACUGGGUCUUUGCUCUAAAUGCCGACGUCGCGGCUUCAGGAUCUACUCCUGGUGACCACAUACGAGCGAUAGCUGGUCGCACGCUCGCCACGAGGAUCCUUCAAGCCUUCUACACGACCAUCAACACCCAGGGGAAUUCAGACAAGAUGACUUUAUUCUUUGGAAGCUUCGAGCCCAUGGUCGCAUUCGCAGCUCUUGCUCAGCUAGUCUCCCCUCAGAAUGCAGCAUUCUACAAUGUUCCAGAGCCAGGCUCCAGUUUCAUUUUCGAGCUGUACACACUACAAUCUGAAGAAAUCGACACCUAUCCAGACACAUCAGAUCUCUUUGUCAGAUUCCUCUACCAAAACGGAACAGGACCUUACUCGUCCCUGGUGGAGUACCCUCUGUUUGGGCUCAGCCCCAGUCAGACCAGCAUCACCUUCGUAGAUUUCAUUGCCGGCUUGCAGAAUUUCAUGAUGUUCAGCGUGGAGGACUGGUGCACGACCUGCAACAGUUUCAUCGUCUUCUGCCCAGCCUUCACCGGCACGGAUGGUAAUCUCAACCCAACCACUGGGUUUUCUCCCAGCCGUCAUGGCCUAUCGCCAAUCGUGGCUGGUGUCAUUGGAGCUGUUGUCACUCUCGCAGUGGCUCUUCUCCUUUUCGCUAUGGUGAUGUUGCUUGGAGGUGUGAGAAUCCACCGGGUCCAUACCAAACGCAGGUCCGAGUUGGGAGGGUUCAAGGGCGGGGCGAAACUCGCCAGUGACCAGGAUCUCACCCUGUCCAAGGGCGGUGUAGGCGCCGUCGUGGUUGCUAGUGAGGAUCCAGCCCAUCCAUCCCCUGUGAGAGGCCACGAACGUGUUGGAAGCUGGGAACUCAGAGACCAAGCAAAGGCUGAGGAGGCUCAGGGGCGAGUCCUCAAUCCAGUUGCAGGUCAACCGCGACGACCAAGUUAUGAAGAGGACGACAUGCCGAUCAAUCCUUUCACGCCUGCUGUCACUCCGCACAACCAUGUAUGA